CCAAUUUGUGUUGCGAGUCAAUGUAUAGUUCAGCGAAUUUCAUUGAACCAUGCGAAAGCAUUUGAUGUGAAAGUGUUCGAAGAAUAUGUGAAUAUAUAAAAGAUCGAAUUUGUAACGGCGGUAAAUUUAUCGUGGACGAGAAACACUACUCGAGCUUUCAGUGGAAAUUUUUCACGUCGGUGUGAAUGGACGCGUGAAACACUGAAAUUGUUAUAAUAUCGUGAAUCCAUUUCCGCAUAUAUAAUUACGUUUCCAUAAACGUCGAAAUUAAUUUUGUGAAAUGUGUCUGCAUAUUUCUGGCAGUUGAAAAUAGAUUGAAAUCUGAGAUCACUUGGUAAUCUGUUAGGAUUAAUAGUUUUAAAGCUGCAGCGAGGGGGCCGAAUUGAUAUUUAAUUAAAUUCGUCAGUUGUGUCUUUAAUUGUGGAAUUGUAAUUCUACGUUACACCGAUGUAAUCCACGAGAGUGCUAUAUCGCGUAUUGAUCUGAAAUAUUCACUUAAACGGAACAGUGUACUUCUUCAAGCAUCGCAUACGAAAAUUCUAAUUUUCUCAAGCACGCGUAUAUUUUUAGACAACAUGGUUUUAUACGUUUGAAUGCGACAUCCAUUGCGCGGCGAAUGUUCUGUCCAUUUUCGUACAGAAUCUGAUGAUAGUUUCCAAAUACUUCUUUCAUCAUAGACAUAUGGCUGCCGUACAUACUUUGUACACAGCGAUCGAAUUCGACUGGAAAUGCUUGAAACACGAUAAACCGAGCAUCGAAAUUCUUCAGAAAUAUGCAGAGUUGGUGCAUACUAUAUUGAUAUCGCUGAUGAGUAUGAAAUUCAUACCAAAACAAAGAUUUUCAUUUCUUGUAUCAAUUUUGCGGUGUAUAAAUAUGUAUGAAUUUCAGUUGUCAUAUGUUCCACUAGCAUUGUCGCGAUUUUCAUGUAUCAGAUACUGCCUGUUCUUCAAAUGCCGGAAGAAAAUUAUACUAGAUUCUGGCAACGACCGUUUGCUUUGAAAGCAUUAGGAAAAGCUAUAAGUUAUCCUACUCUCUAUCUGAUCUCCUUGAAUGUAUUGCUGAAUGUUAUAAUCUUGACAGCUUUGGAAAUAAGUUUUAUGGUUUUGUCAGAACACAUAUGUGGAUUGUUCAAAAUUACAAGCUAUCACUUGAGGUACGCUGCCAACGAAUAUAAUAAGGAAAUUUCUGGAUGCGAAAAAAAUAGUAACGUUUACACGAAAAUAAUAUUGGCCGUGCGUGUUCACAUAAAAGCGAUGAAAUAUAUGCAGGUCAUAUGGGACCUAUUUGAAAUACAUUACGUCAUUCUAGUGUGUUUUGGUAUCAUUGGAGCAACCAUGGUGUUGGUGAGCGUGAGUAACAUUGAAUGUUUAUGUCAAUGACAUGAAUAUUAAUUUUUUCAUUGCGUGUUAAUAAUUAUUUGGUUUAUAUACAAAUAUAUAAGUGGAGUUUUUCU